AUGAUUCCUACCCGUCGAGCCUUGAGCUCCCUUGCGUCCCGAACGAUCCGCACCUCGCUGCCCCGCGGUGUCGCUCGUGUUGCACCGGCUGCAUUGGCGUGCGCUGUGCCCCGCUCCGCCGCGGCAUCGGACUCGCUUCGACACUCGGUGUGAGUAGCCGCAGCGCUUGCCUACGCUGGGAAGCGCAUCACUCACACACCCCUGGUCCAACUCUGCAGAUCGUGCUUCCGGUCCUUCCAUGCGACGUCGCUGCAGCUCGGUCAGUCCCCCCACCCCGCCCUUGCGCUUUCUCGAGGCCAGGAGUGCCCAUCAGCGUGGACCCGAGGUCUCUCCGUACUCGUGACUGACGCUUCCGCUCCCGCUCACCUCCGGCCCGCGCCAUUCAAUUGCCCUUCGACAGAUGCCGAGACGGUCAAGGUACCGUCCAUGGCCGAGUCCAUCACCGAGGGUACGCUCAAGCAGUGGCUCAAGAAAGAAGGCGACUACGUCCAGGUCGAUGAGGAGGUCGCCACGAUCGAGACCGACAAGGUGCGCCGCUGACCCGGGACCUGUCUCUGGACGCUCUACCGACACGUGCCUGGGAGUACUGAUGCGUGUGCUGGUCUACCCCAUAGAUCGAUGUCGCCGUGAACGCUCCCAAAUCGGGCUACAUCCGCGAACUGUUGGCCCAGGAGGAGGACACGGUCACCGUCGGCCAGGAUCUGUUCAAGCUCGAGGCUGGCGAAGCACCGGAAGGAGGUACGUCCUUUCAAGGAGCGAUCCAAGCUCGUUGAUCACCAAAAUAAACACGAACUGUAAUAACUGACCUUGGCGUGUCCUGGCCGGCAGGUGCCAAAGCCAAGGAGACGCCCAAGAAGGAGGAGAAGAAGCCCGAGCCGACACAAGAGGCCAAGCAGACCGAAAAGAAGGAGACUCCCGCACCACCCCCGAAACCGACCAAGUCGUCGCCUGAUCAAGAGUCGGAUAAAAAGCCCGAGCCCAAGAAGGAGGAGAAGGCCGCGCCGGAGCCGAGAAAACCGUCGGCGCCUGGCUCGCGCGAGGAGACGAGGGUCCGUUUUCAACGAAAGCUGAUAUUUUCUUCAAAAUUCCGGUUCGGGCUGGAAGUAACUGACGAUGCUGAGCUCCAUUUCGACCGUAGGUCAAGAUGUCGCGCAUGCGCCUCCGCAUCGCCGAGCGAUUGAAGCAGUCCCAGAACGCGGCUGCGUCGUUGACGACGUUCAACGAAAUUGACAUGUCGUCGCUCAUGGCGAUGCGAUCGGCCUACAAGGAUAGCGUGCUAAAAAAUACGGGCGUCAAGCUGGGCUUCAUGUCCGCCUUUGCCAAAGCUGCGUGCCUGGCCCUCAAGGAGAUUCCUGCCGCCAACGCCUCGAUCGAAGACGAUCAAAUCAUCUACCGCGACUACGUCGAUCUGAGCGUCGCCGUUGCGACCCCUAAGGGUCUCGUCACGCCGGUGUUGAGGAACGCCGAGAGCCUCGACUUCCUUGGUAUUGAGCAGGGCAUCGCCGACUUGGGCAAGAAGGUGAGCUGGCAUCGGCUUGUUGAGAGAAGCGACCGGCAUUGACAGCCUGAUCCCUCAAUACUUCUUCCGUUGGGUGACAUCGGUAGGCCCGUGACAACAAGCUCACCCUCGAGGAUAUGGCCGGCGGAUCGUUCACCAUCUCCAACGGCGGUGUCUUUGGCUCUAUGUACGGUACACCCAUCAUCAACUUGCCGCAGGCCGCGGUCUUAGGCAUGCACGCAAUCAAGGAUCGCGCCGUUGUCGUCGAUGGCCAGAUCGUCAUCCGACCCAUCAUGAUCGUUGCGCUGACGUACGACCACCGACUGCUCGACGGCCGGGAAGCCGUCACAUUCUUGGUUCGCAUCAAAGAGUAUAUCGAGGACCCGCGUCGCAUGCUUUUGGCUUGA